AGGUAAUUUUACAAAGAAAAGGGUUGGAAGAUAAAAACCACGGGUUAGAACAGAAGUUAGGUUUUAGAUCGAGCACAAGGGCUGCGGGGAGCGCCAAUUGAAGAUCGAUCUCUAGCUCGGCGCCAUGGGUAGCGGAUUUCGCGUGUUGCAUUUAGUGCGGCCUUUCCUCUCGGUCCUUCCCGAGGUUCAAACGGCCGAUAGGAAGGUCCCGUUCAGGGAAAAGGUUAUGUACACGGUGGUUUCCUUGUUCAUCUUCCUGGUUUGUAGCCAGCUCCCACUCUACGGGAUCCACUCGGCCAAUGGAUCGGAUCCCUUUUACUGGAUGCGCGUCAUCCUGGCUUCCAACCGCGGGACUGUGAUGGAAUUGGGAAUUACUCCCAUCGUUACUUCUGGUCUUGUGAUGCAGCUCUUGGCUGGCUCGAAGAUUAUCGAGGUUGACAACAACGUGAGAGAAGACCGAGCUCUUGUGAACGGAGCUCAAAAGCUUCUGGGUGUUUUGAUCACGAUUGGUGAAGCUGUCGCGUACGUUUUGUCUGGAAUGUACGGCGACGUUCGUGAUCUCGGAGCCGGCAACGCGAUUCUGAUCAUCAUUCAGCUCUUCUUCGCUGGUAUCAUUGUCAUUUGCCUGGAUGAACUCCUCCAGAAGGGAUACGGGCUUGGAUCGGGAAUCUCGUUGUUCAUAGCCACCAACAUCUGUGAGACCAUCAUCUGGAAGGCGUUUAGUCCGACUACCAUCAACAGUGGCCGUGGAGCUGAGUUUGAGGGAGCUAUCAUUGCUCUCUUCCACCUCUUGAUCACGAGAACUGACAAGGUCCGAGCACUCAAGGAGGCUUUUUACAGGCAAAACCUUCCAAACGUGACAAACCUCUGUGCCACCGUGAUCGUCUUCCUCAUUGUCAUCUACUUCCAAGGCUUCCGCGUUGUCCUUCCCGUGAGAUCCAAGAGCGCUCGUGGACAGCAGGGUUUCUAUCCCAUCAAGCUCUUCUACACUUCGAAUAUGCCUAUCAUUCUCCAGUCGGCGCUCGUCUCGAACUUGUACUUCAUCUCUCAGCUGCUGUAUAGGAGGUACAGCACAAACCUUCUCGUGAAUCUCUUGGGCCAAUGGAAGGAGUCGGAGUACUCGCACAGUGGUCAGCUUGUGCCUGUUGGAGGGCUCGUCUACUUCAUAACUCCGCCUUCGAGCUUGGCGGAUAUGGUGACACACCCCUUCCACGCUCUGUUUUACCUCACUUUCAUGCUCACGGCAUGCGCUCUCUUUUCCAAGACGUGGAUUGAGGUUUCUGGUUCGUCGGCUAGAGAUGUGGCCAAGCAGCUUCGGGAGCAACAAAUGGUGAUGCCCGGACACCGAGAAGCCAACCUCCAGAGGGAACUCAAUCGCUACAUUCCAACCGCGGCCGCCUUUGGUGGUAUUUGUAUCGGAGCUCUGACGGUGGUGGCCGAUUUCAUGGGAGCGAUUGGUUCUGGAACUGGAAUCCUCUUGGCCGUGACGAUCAUCUACCAGUACUUUGAGACAUUUGACAAGGAACGGGCAACCGAAAUCGGGCUGUUCGGGUUUUAAGCUCGCAACUUCACCGGAAGAAAAGUUUUGGAAAAAGUUCCCUGUAACUCGUGAAAGAACCAACUGAUGUGAAGUGCAAAUAUUUCCUCAAAAAAAGAUUGCAAGGCCUUGAAGUUUA